AAUUCGCUGGCUUCAACGUUUCUUCUUCACUGUUGUUCGUGCAUCUCCGUCUCAACAUGUUCAUCAAGUUCGUGGUAUCUCUCUGUGUUGCUGCAGUCUUAGCCAAUGUGUCUACGGCGGUGCGGAUAACGGUGAAGAACAACUGCCGGUGGCCGCUGUGGCCGGCGACUCAGACGGGUGGCGGUGGCGCCCAGCUGAGCACGACGGGCUUCAUGCUCGGGCCGGGGGCGUCGCGGGACCUGGAGGUGCCGAGCAAGUGGACGGCCGGCCGGAUCUGGGCGCGGACCCAGUGCGACCACCCCUCGGGCCGCUGCGUCACCGGCGACUGCGGCUCCGGCGCCGGCAACUGCAACGGCCGCACCGGCGCCCCGCCGGCCACCCUCGCCGAGUUCACCCUCAACGAUAAUGGCAAGGACUGGUACGACGUGAGCAACGUGGACGGCUCGAACGUGCCGAUGUCGAUCAGCCCCCAGGGCGGGAGCGGGCCCAAGUGCCGGCACAUCGACUGCAAGUUCGACAUGAACCGGGCCUGCCCCAACGAGCUGGCCGUCCGCACCCCGGACGGCGUCGUCGGCUGCAAGAGCGGCUGCGAGGCCUUCCGCAAGCCGGAGCUCUGCUGCUCCGGCGACAACCACAACACCAGGGAGAAGUGUCCGCCGUCCAACUGGUCCCGCCUCUUCAAGGACAAGUGCCCGGACGCCUACAGCUACGCCUACGACGACCCUACCAGUCUUUUCGACUGCUACGGAGCCCCUAACUACGUCGUCACCUUCUGCCCGUGAGCUUUAGGCCGGAGGAAAGUGGCGUAGCUAUCACGGCUGUCGCCCUCACGUUGCGCGGGGGUGGGGUGGGGGGUUGGGGGCGCAGCCAGAGGCAAAAAGAGACCCUCUACUAACCUCUUGGCGAUAGGUGGAAACUUUCCCUUUCAGGCAUUCAACAUUCCUUACGGACAAUUAUUAAACAGGGUGUCCCACUAACCUCUUGACGAUAGGUGGAAACUUUUACUUUCAGGGAUUCAACACUCCUUAUGGACAAUUAUACAGGGUGUCCCAAAAGUCCCUCCCACUCGCUCUUAAAUUUUAGUUACUUCAUAUUUGGGAACGAAAUUUUCGAGAUGUUCAUAGAUCAAUGUUAACUACUUUCUCCCCCUUCCAUCCCUCCACGGGGAGGGGCUACGGAGUACUACGGACCCAACUUAAUUGCAGGGGUGCGGAAACUUCCUGACCUGGCAAUUCCUGACAUGGUGGAACCUCCUCGAGAACGGGUAGAAUGGAGGACCCCGUCAAAUGUUUCGAAAUUUUAGAUUUCACGGUGAUAUAGAGAUGAUGACAAAGUCGAAUUUUUUGGGACAAGGGUUUCUCAUCAUUAUCAUUUUAUCUUCUGGCCUAAGGGGGAAUUGAUCACGAAUUGGGCUAAAAUAUUGGGGAGGGCUUUGAACUACCUGCACCCGUGAAAAAUUGUUAACUUAUUUUUCGAAAUUUUUAAAGAGAAAGACUGGUUUUAGGGUGGCCACAGAUGACAGAAAACCUGGACAAGUAGGGAAAAUAAAAUUCGUCAACUACGCUAAGAGUCAGAAGGAAGUGGACAAGUUGGAAAUCAUACUCUUUAAAUGAAACCCACCCCAUCCAGUUCAUGCUACAUGUUUAAGCUGAAAGGCCUUUAGGGUGCUAUCUCAUUUCCGCACCGUCGUAAUUAUUCCUCGUUUAUUGGAAAAUGAUUUUCUAUAAUCUCAAAUGAAUCAAUAAGUGCUUUGCAAGUAAAACUGGCGUCGCAAUUUGAUUUUAAUCAAUUCACUGCUUGUCAACUUAGUCGUUGCUCAGAAAUUUUAUACAGCAAAAUCAAAGUCAGUGAUUGUAAUAACUCUCAUUCUCGCUACAUUGAAUUUCUCCAUUUAAAAACAUUAAAUCUUCCAUGUCCAAAUUA